GCCCGCUGCUGCUGCUGCUGCUUCCCGCGCGCCGCGCCGAGGCGAGCUGGGCGCGGCCAGCCAUGCAAGCGCGGCGCCUGGCCAAGCGCUCCAGCCUGGGGAGCCGGCGCCUCAGCGCCUCGCCGUCGGCCGCGCAGCCUUUGCCCAAGCUCGACAACUCGUGGAGGCCGCCCCGGCGGGAGGGCUCGGCGGCCGCCCUCGAGGAGGAGGACGAAGAGGAAGACGUGGUGGUCGACGUGGAGGAGGAGGACGACGCCGACGAGGCGGAGGCGGGCGGCGGCGGAGCGAGCGGCAGCCCGCCGCCGGCGGAGCACGCCGGGCCGGGCAGGGGCCACGCGGCCGCCCGGGGGAGCCACAAGAACUUUUUGCUGUUGCAGGAUUAG